AUGGAGGACCUUCUGGCCAAGCACCGCAAGGAGCAAAAGGACCUCCAAGGACGUAUUACCCAGAAGAAGAAGUCCGCCACAAAGAAGACCCGCAAGGGUGUUAAUGACGAAUGCGAGCGCAUGCAACAAGAACUCUCUGAACGACACCAGGCCGAGAUUGCGGAGUUGACUGGCGAACCCACGGCGCCCGUGGAUGGCUUGGAAAACCUCACCGUUGACGACGAACCAACCUCCACUAGCGAUCCUGUUGAACUUGCCCCUCGAGAUGCAGAACCAGCGCCGGCCGCUACCCCCGAAAACACCUCCAGCCGGGUGAAGAAGCCCAACCGCCAAAAAGCACGUUUAGCCCGGCGCGCGGCCGAGCAAGCCGCUGCAUCUGCUGCCGCCGCGGAAGAGGCAGCCAAUCAGAAAAACUAUAGAGGCGAUGAGAAGGAGAUCAUGGAAGCGGUGUUUAAGAAGCUGGGGUUGAAAGAGAUCGAAGUUAAUCCAGACGGACACUGUCUCUACUCGUCGAUCGCAAAACAGCUGGACGACUCCGGAGUCGGGUUACGACCCGAUCCAAGUCGAAUUGUUCUACAACCCACGACCCAAUCUCGGAUUGACACUGUGGCUUCCCCUCAGCAUGAUGGCUAUCGUGCCGUCCGGGCGGUGACGGCAGAUUUCAUUUCACAAAAUAAGGAUGACUUUGAAGCUUUCAUGGAAGAACCUUUGGAAGAAUAUACCCGGAAAAUUAGACUCACGGCUGAAUGGGGUGGUCAACUAGAAUUACAGGCUAUUGCCCGAGCAUACGGCAUUGAGAUUAAUGUUGUUCAGAGUGACGGCCGGAUGGAGAAGAUCGAAGCCGGAGAUAUGGAUAGCUUUGAUGAGGAGGAGAAGCGCAAGCGGGUCGUCUGGUUGGCAUAUUACCGCCACUCCUACGGCCUGGGUGAGCAUUACAAUGCCCUCUCCAAGAUACAAUAA